CUUAAAUCGAAAGGAAGAAACUAAAACUGGAAAGGUCAGUCGAGAAAUGCCUGUGGCAACAACAAUAUCCUGUCACCAUCACUACUGCCACAAGCUAAACCAUCGUAUCUCUGCCUCUCUGGUCGCUAUCAAGAGAACCAUGGUCACCGCCGCCACCAGCAGCAGCAGUAAUGCAGGUUCCUACACCACGAUCAAAGAGACAGUCACUUUCGAAAGAGAAAUAAAAAAGAGCAAAUUUAUCGCCAUCGCUGGCCCUAUCUCCGACGAACAAUCCGCUUUCUCCUUCCUUUCUCAGGUUAGGGAUCCGCGCGCCACUCAUAAUUGCUGGGCUUAUAAGGUUGGAGAUCAAUUUCGGUCUAAUGAUGAUGGGGAACCAUCAGGCACGGCUGGAAAACCAAUUCAAUCUGCCAUUGAUUCUUCUGGGAUUGAUAGAGUGAUGGUCGUGGUGAUCAGGUAUUUUGGAGGUAUCAAAUUAGGCACCGGAGGAUUGGUUAGGGCUUACGGAGGAGUUGCAUCAGAAUGCUUGAGAAAUGCUACAACUUGUCUCAUAAAAUCUAAGGUCCCAAUGGGCGUGGAAGUUCCCUUCGAUCUUAUAGGAGUUUUGCAUCAUCAGUUACAAUCCUUUCAAGUUGAGAACAUCAGGCAGGAUUACGAGACUGGUAAAGACGGCAUUGCCAUGAUUUCUUUCAUUGUUGACUUUGACCAGGUUGAGAAAUUGGAGGAUGCUAUCAAAGCUAAUUGUUGUCGAGAACUUGUAUUUUAUAAGAGGUGAGACAGACUUAUGUUAUCCGCGCAUUGUACAAAUUUGUCGAAUGUAUGAUCCCACCAUGAAUUAGACUGUAUCAGGAGUGCCUGUGUAUUCCUUUUACCCUGCUUUGAAACCAGUCAUGUGCAAUGUAUAGGACCUGUUUAGAUGACAGUUUUUUUGUACAAUUAAUUGUAGACGGCUGUAGAUGAUAAUAUUGAAUUAGUCCUAAAGAUGUGGCAGUUAACCUUGA